GUUUAACCUUAAAAUUGUUCAUAAACUAAGGUUUAAGGCCUUAAAAUUGUGGGUUAGAAUGCUUCUUUACAUAAUGUAUCCGAUAAUAUUUAUCGAAAUAGUUGUGAUAUUAAUCCUGUUAUUUAGAACUCCUCUGAGAAAGUAUGUGAUGAAAGGGCUUGGGAAAAGUCCAGUGGUUACUCAAACAUUAUCAGCAACCUUGUUUGUGCUCUUCAUCUCAAGCUUAUAUGCACUUUUUGAUUUAUACAAGCACUUUACGGACGAAGCUGCCAUCAAUCCAACUGAGCAAGCACUUAUGUUUCAUCAUCUCAUCGAAGCUGCUUUUCUUGGAAUUUGCUUGUUCUUUGUUCUUAUAAUAGACAGACUACACUAUUAUAUGACCGAAAGUAAUCGGUGGAAGAAGCAAGCACAAGAAUGGGAGUACCAUGCCCAAAAAGCAAGCCAGGAUCAGGCGAUGUUAACGUUAGUUAAAAAGCAAGACUUUACUUCAUCACAAGAAGAUCAAGAUAAUUUCUAGUUUGUAAAUAUAGAGCAUGUAUUGUGCCCAAUGUUUAUAGAUUUCUACUAAAUAAACUUUUAUCACUUAUAAUUCAAAUGUCACAUAGCAAAUAGAAAUGAGUUUAGUGAUAUUUGGUUUUUGUCACUUAUUUUGUCACAAAAGGGAUUUAGCGAAAAAAUACGUGGCAAAA